UAUCUUCUUUUCUCUUCUCUUCUCUUCUCAGGAUUCUUCAUCUCAAAAAUCAGCAGCAGCAGCAGAAAUCAAAGUAAAAAAAAAAAAUGGCUUCAAAAAAAGAGAUGGAAGUUGUGAAAGAUUUAGAUAUCAAGAGAUACAUGGGUAGAUGGUAUGAGAUAGCAUCAUUCCCAUCAAGAUUUCAACCUAAAAAUGGCGUAAACACAAGAGCUACAUAUACAUUACAAGAAGAUGGUAAAACUGUGACUGUUCUGAAUGAGACAUGGAAUGAUGGUAAAAGAGGUUUUAUUCAAGGUACUGCUUAUGCAGCUGAUCCAUCUAGUAAUGAAGCUAAACUCAAAGUCAAGUUUUAUGUUCCUCCUUUUUUACCUAUUAUCCCCGUUGUUGGUGAUUACUGGGUUUUAUCCAUUGAUCCUGAUUAUCAAUAUGCUUUGAUUGGUCAGCCUAGCAGAAACUAUCUAUGGAUACUGUGUAGGAAUACCCAUAUGGAUGAUGAUGUAUACAAUGAGCUAGUGGAGAAGGCAACAAGUGAAGGAUACGAUGUGAAGAAAUUGCACAAAACUCCACAGACAGACCCUCCGCCAGAAGAAGAAGGACCUAAGGAUACCACGGGUAUAUGGUGGAUCAAAUCCAUCUUUGGAAAAUGAAUGAUUAAUUUAUGCUUGGGUUUAGCAUGAAUUCAUCUCUGUUUAUAAUGAGUGAGUGAAUAAGACAGAUGAACUUAAUAUAGUGUUGUGUGUUUAGGUUUUGAGUUGAUAGACUUCUAAUGUGUUUAAGGGUUUGUGUUUCAUGUAUUUGCUUUUGUUUUGCGGUUUUUAAUGGAUAUAUGUUUUAAUUUAUAUUCUGC